GUAGCUUCCUUCUAACCAUUGCGACCGUUCCUUUCUCUUCCCGCUCAUCUUUAUGUUACAUGUUCGGACUAAAUCGUUUGUCGGCUGGUUCUCCCGCAACUUUAUGUCGUUAAUGAGUUUCUUAUGCUUUCAUAUUUUUUUCUAUAUGUAUUCAUGUUAUAUGUUUAUUUGUUUUAUCAUUGUUUACAAUUCGUCUAUUUGCUUUUGUUUCAAUCGAUUCGAUUGUUUUGUCAAUUUUUCUUUCCUUAAUAUAAUACUGUUUUUAUAAUUUUCCAUCAAAUAUUUAACUUCUGUUUUUAUUGCUCACACCACCGUACAAUAACAGAACCACCGAAGUACAGUAUUUUCUAUAGCAUUCGACUCAAAAUUCUCCCCAUCCUUUAUCUAUGUAUCUUCCCCAAAACAAAAACCGGUGCCAACUAUAAUUUUGUAGCACAUGCCUAACACCCAAUACUCAUCCUUUCGGAACGACGUACAGCCAAACCAGAGCAUGAAAAAUGGCAACUACCAACCAAACACGGAAACGAGCCCUGUUCUGCGUGGACAGUGGCGCACCUACAAUUAUUCCAACUGCAGUGCGGAAUGUAAAGGCGGGUUUAAGAAGCGCAUGGUUCGCUGCAUGUCCAAAAACGAUCAGGUGCUGGAGGACCGUUACUGCCCCCAUCCAAAACCUGCGACACAGAUCAAUUGUGCCAACUUUCGCUGUCCCACCUGGACGUUUGGCCAAUGGAGCAAGUGUAAUAACGAAUGCAAACGCUCCCGUCAGGUCCUGUGCCAGGACCAUCGUGGCAAUGAAAGCAACCAAUGCGCGAAGGAAAUGAAACCGCCCGACGAGGAAUCGUGUUGUAAUUUUAAAUGGCGAAUUACCUGCUCCGGAACGUGUGAUGCUGAGGGACGCCGCAAGCCCAAUCUCAUCUGCAAGAAGAUAUUUCCCAAAUCGAUCGAUAAUCCGCAUCCGUUCAGAACCGGCAAACGUGUUGAGGAGAAGUAUUGUACCAAUGCAAAAAAACCGUCGCCUAUCAAGCAGAAGAAAAAAUGUAGCAAACCAUGUCCAACCCGCUGGGAGACCUCGCCCUGGUCCAAGUGUUCGGUUGGGUGCGGUUCCGGCAGAACAGUGCGAAACGUGACCUGCACCGAUGGCCGUACGAUCUUACCGAAAGCCUGCAACAUGACGACGAAACCGCCGAACACGAAGGUCUGCGAAGAAUUCAGUGGCUGUCGAUGGAAAAUAAUGAAGUUUGGCAAAUGCAACUGUAAGGGUAGGCAGAGUCGCACCGUCAAGUGUUUCGAUGAAAUGCUGAACACCGAAUCGAAUCGCUGCUCGGAGAACGAACGUCCUCCGAAGACGAUCGCUUGCCAAAAGCCAUCGGGAUGCCGUACGCCUUCGCGCAAUCGACACCAUCAGUCGGCCUACAGAAAUUGCAAGGAUGCUCAGCGUAAGCAUCGCAUCGAUGGCGAAUAUACGAUGAACUUGAAUGGGACCAAAACCAAGAUUUACUGUCACAAAAUGGCGACUAGAUCACCGGUGGAAUAUCUUAGUCUCCCAGCAGGUGCAACGGAAAACUAUGCGAUCUACAUUAAGCGACGAGCGGCUGAUGCAAACAGGUGUCAAAUGUCACCGCGUGAUUGGGAGGAUGAAAGCAUUAGCUACGGUGCGACACAUUAUCAAAAGAUUCGUAUCAAUAUCAGUACACUCCAGGUGUAUACGAACGACUUUGAAUUUACCACCAGCUCCGGUACGAAGCAAUCGUUCGGUUCCGCUGGUGACUGCUACAGCAAUACCGGCCAUUGUCCGCAGGGCGACUUUGCCAUCAACCUGGAGGGCACCCCGUUUCGCAUUAGGCCACGCACCACGUGGGAAACGGCCGGUGUGAAUUCCGUGAUCAAGUUCCUCGUACCGCUUAAAACGCCUUAUAAAAAGGUGCGGGCACUUUGUGGCGGCUACUGUGGCAGUUGCUCCGUGUCACGAAAUACCAACCUAUACCUACAGCUAGCAUAGUACACGAUCAGCGGGCACUGAUCACUAAUAAGGAGCUAGUCCGACUCAACCACGAGGACGAGAUGUGAAACCCAUGACCUUACAGUGUUAGUGUUCAAGGACUGGUGUUUUCAGCGAUCACGAUCAACCCCGCAAGACUACUUUUGGCUUAUUAACAUCUACUACUACUACUACUACUACCGGUCUACUCUUAAUAGACGUGAAUGCGCUAGGUACAUUACUAGCGGCAUAACACUUCAUCUCUUCCCGUCCGUAUCGUGAAUAGUGUACAAUUUUGUUUCUCGAUUCGUGUGUUUGUGUAACUGUGUGGACGUGUGUGUUUGUGUGUGUGUGUGCGUGUGUAUUUCCACGUUUUCUUCCUAAACGUUAAAAAAAGAAAAUCUCGAAUUAGUGUAGCCUUCAAAAUGUGCCAAAACUGAUCAAGAAACUGCUGCAGCAAAACACAAAACACGUAAUUGGUCAAUGGUCAUGGUUUGUGAGACAAGAAGAAGUGCUCAUAACGAUCGCCGUAUUGCCGGAUCUUGGGAUGUAACCGGAACAACUGACGACUACAUGGCGCAGCAACGAUCGCGACAGCGAAUUUAAGUUCUGUUUUAAGGACCUAGGCUGUCCAUUGAUUAACGCAUGCCGUUAAAAGAGAGUUGAUGUUAACGCUAGUACGAAUCCACUACAACGGAACGAUCGGUUCAUUACCGCUUAGCUUAUUGGUUAGUUCCAUUUCAUCAUAUCCAACGAUUUCAUGUAACUGUCUGGCUUGUCACUGCCUCGUACUGCUAUGCCAUACGAUAAUACGGCCCGUAAGGGUCUUUUUGGCUAAAAAUGUGUUGCCGUAUAUUUUUCCUUUGCCCAUUGUCGUAUUGUCAUACCUCGAUUGCUUCGGUGUAGCGGUGCAUGCCAAAAAAAAACAACAAAAACAUAAAAAAGAAAUGAACAAAACAUCUCAAAAGUACAAACACUUUGUAGUAGACCCAUCCUAAACGUUUCGUUCCUUUCCAUUCCUAACUAAAUUUAUAACAUAAUGGAAAUUGUUAUACAAAAGAGAAAAAAACUCAAAAAAAAAGAUAAAAAGUUAAAAUUGUACAGAAAAAUAGAAAGAUGAACGAACAACAGAUGAAAGUAAGGAAAGCCAUUAAAAAUUAUCUAGCCAACUCGCAAUAUGUUCGAUAUUCCGUACAAUUAAUCUGGAAAAUGACAUGCAAAACAAAAUCGGUUGUAAAAAACGCAAAAAAAAAAUCGCAUGCAAUGUUGUUGGUUUUUUUUUUGUUAUUUUUAAUUAUAAUUUAAAAUUAUCGUGUAUUCUGCCAAAUGUACAAGCCAGAAUCAUGUUAUAUACAAAUUUGUGUUUUGUUUCUUAAAAUUAUCACUGGCUCUGCGAGUUGGCUUGAAACGUACUCCACAUGCGAAACACCGAACGAAUCGAACCGUUAAGCAAUGAUACCCGAAAAUACUCAAUAGUGAUAAAAGCAAUUCUGUAUAAUCUAAACCGCUAAAGAAAAAGUAAAAAAAGUAAACCUAUCGAUGUAAAAUGAAAAGAAGAAAAAGGAAACCAACAAAAAAAAGCACUCAACGAGGAAAGAACACAAUUCAGUCGUGAAAGCAAACCUAAUAGCAUGUACAAUAAGGCUUUUGCUGCGAACACCGGUGCGGAACUGGACAAAUGAAUCUCAAAUGGCUGAUGGCUUUCCGUUCUAGUAUUACGAAACCUCACCACCCGCAACCAAACUUUCGAGGACAGUUAUGUACAUCUUGCUCCAUCUUGGCAAUAACUUCAUACUUACCAAACUGCCCUUACUCUAAAGCUUAUUCUAAAUUGCGCCGUUCACAGCACGACGUGUGUUUUGUUUGUGUGUGUGUGUGUGUUUGUGUAAUAGUAACAAAUUAAAGAAUUUGUUUUUUUUUCGUUAAAAGGAAGAUAAUGGAUGAAAACUGCCAUAUUAUUGUUAACCGUAGCGUUCCCUUUGUUUUGCUAAUAUGGAACCCUGCACAAAUCGUUCAAGCAUCAUAAAUCGCAGCGCGAGGCGUGAAGUUACGAAAUACGAAGCGAACGUGAAAUUAACGCACAGAUCUGUAGGACGGAUCCGCUCGCUUGUAGUAGCUGUUAGGGAAAUUAUGUGUAUUUUUUCUGCUUAAUAACGAACUUAAAGUAAUUUUCUCUUCUAUUAUCAAAUUAAAUAAUAGAUUUCAUAAACAACUACUAAUAAGCGCUAGUAAGGUAAAUUUUUACGCUCGUUGACUCUUUGUACGUUCGAUCGUGCGAUCCUUGUCCUUGAUGUUGGACAUUGUUUUGCGUGUGAAAUGAAAGCUUAGUUGCAUCACCUUGGGAAGCAAAAACUAUUUUUUGAUAGUCGCAACGAAUGCUGUUUGUGCAAGUAUUAACUAAGAAAGGCAAAAAUAAUAAUGAUGAAACGGUGACAUGCAAUAAGGGGGAUGUGAAGAAUUUCACAACCUACGCUAGAAAACACUCAGACGUGAGAGAGUAACUUGUUAUGUGACUUUUACUAUGUACGUUGAAUUAAUCCUAUACGGAUAAAAUGUUUAGAAUAGAAUUGCGCCAACUAAACCAACCGACCUUAUUUAUUUACACUGCCACAAAAAAAACACUUAAAUAAUGCAACACGGAAGAAUAUUAACUGUAGGACAAUACAAACGAUCGAAACUACCGGUAAAGCGACGAGCGCACAAUAAUUUCAUCUGUUGUUUCGAUAGUGGCGCUUAGGAAAUUCUUCUGCAAGAGUGGCUGAUGGUGGUUCUUUAUGCUGAUGCUCUCAUUUCUUUUUUUUUUUGUUUCUUCACUUUAACUGUUUCAUCUUUUCACUUUACACUAUAUAAUACCACGAUACCACUCACACGGUUGAAUUUUAUAAACCGUGUAAAUAAAUCAGCAAUUACCUUCAACAACAACAACAAAAAACGCGCGUCAGCCGCCAGCAAAAAGGCACUUAAAGUGAUAAUGGCAGCUAGCAUUUUAAUUCAUUACAUCAUUAUAUCAGCUAAUAGGUCUUAUAUUAAACUGCCAACGGAACACACACAACGGUGCACUUUACAAGCCUGCGUUAUUGUAAUCAUGAUCGUUUCUCUUGAUUAUUUGGAUAAAACAAUUAUGUUAGUGCUAGAUUUUAUUCUACCUGUGUAACUUUGUAAUCGUAUCAUUUGCCACAUUAUGUAUGAACGCAUAAUAAACAGCGAACGCCUUUAAACUAUUUGCCCGCGAAAAGGGAACGUACGAUGUAUAGUGAACGUACGAUGAUUUGCAGUAUCAUCGAACGCUUUUAAA